AUGUCUCGGCGAGAAUACCCUGUCGCCGACCGCUACGAAGAGCGCGAGUCGGAAUUCUACAGGCGUCCCCGACGAGAUCGAGACUACGAGGACUUUGAGGUCGACAUUUCUCGCUCGCGACAGCCCGAAGGUCGCCGGGUCGAGACGAUUGUACGCGAGCGAGAUGACCGCCCAGCCCGACAGCCCGACUUCUUAAGAGAAGACUACGGCCGACCUGGUGCGGGACAACUCGUUGUCCGGGAGGAGAGACGCGAACGGGAUGACGACGUCCGAAGCCGGGCCUCGACGCGGAGGUCCCGUGCACCCACAGAUCGAGUGGUUGAACAGGACGAGAUCAUCAUAAGAGAGCGGGAUCGUUCUACGCGAGGUCCGCCUUACCCACGCGAUCGACGCAGCGAAGUGGACUCCAGGGAAUCGGAGCGUGAGGAGAUUCGAUCUCGUGCAGGCGAUCGGAGCAAGGACGAAGAGAUCGACAUCACCAUCCGACGAGGAGAGGGUGAGCGAUCUUCGCGACCUCCGCCGCCACGCAGCGAGGUGAGAGAGAAGGAGCGGGAUAUUGAAGAGGUUCGAUUUCGUCGCGGGCCCGGUACGAGGUUCAUCGAAAAGGAGGAGAUUGAGAUCCGGGAAGCACGGUCACCGGCGCCUCCUCGCCCCCGGUCGAGCGUGGGCAGGGACGACAUCGAUAUCGAGAUCCGAGAACGUCGAGAUAGCAACGUGGGACGUGACCGCGAGGUGGUCAAAGAGGACAUCCGCAUUCGAGAACGCAGCAUUCCGCCGGCUCGACAGCGAUCCCCGAGCCGCGGAAACCUGGUCGCACGGAAAGAAGAGGAAUGGGUCGUCCGUCGACCACGAUCUCCUCCACGCAAAACCGUCGAAGAGCAGGAGAUCAUCAUCCGACGCCGCGAGAGGAGUCCUUCGCCGGUUCCUGAGCCACCGCGAGAACCGACUCCCGAACCCUCUCCGCCACCGCCUCCUCCGCUCGAGCCGAUCAUUCGUCCGCCGAUCAUCCAGGAGGUCAUCACUCACCACCGACAUAUUGACCACGGGGUCGAACGAGCGCGAUCGCCAUCGCCGUCGCCUUCUCCUCCACCUCCGCCCCCUGCCCCACCCGCCAGAGAAGAGAACCUCGAAAUCGAGAUCAAACGGAAACGCACUCGAGACGGCCGGCCCUACGAGGAGGAAAUCAUCAUCGACAGAGAGGUCCGCGACGGAGGCAACCCCUCGUCCCCAGCACCCGUCGACCCCGAACCGCCCCGCCGCCACCGCUCCGCAAGCACCCACCACCGCUACCGUUCUUCGUCUCGCGGCUCCUCUCGCUCCUCCGACCACCGUUCCCGCCGUUACGACCCCGUCGCCGACGAAGCUGCCUACUACAACCGCAAAGCCACGUCGCGGACCUACCCGGGCGAAGCCUACGACGGCGCCACCCGCGAGUGGGCCCUCGUCGACGUGCCCCCGGGCACCGAGCGCGUCCGCAUGGAGGGCGUCGGCGGCGGCGCCCAGGAGAUCACCUGGCAGCGCUACAGCGGCGAACGCCGCGCCAAAUUCUCCACCGGCGACCGCGUCUACGAGGGCGAAUUCGGCGGCGGCGAUCGCGACCCCCGCCGCGCCAGCAGUCGCCCCGCGCCCCCCCCCGCCCCCCCCCCGCCGCCCGCCGCCCCGGCGCCACCACCGCCUCCCCCGGCCCCGGCGCCGCCGACCCCCGCGGCCGCGACCUCGACCGAGAUCAAGAUCACCGACACCCGCAUCGUCGAAUCCUCGCCUCCCCCGCGAGCGGCGCCAGCGGAACCCCGCUCGCGCAGCCGCCGCGAGAAGAUGUGGACCGAACUCACCAAGGACCUCGUCAUCCGCGAAGCCAUCCUCGAGCGCGGAUACGAAUUCGAGGAGACGGAGGAACACUUUUACGUCAUCGAAUAUCUGAAAUAUGAAGACGUCCUCCGCCUCGUCGAGCUCACCGAAGACAUCCGCCGCGAACGCGCCGACCGCAUCCGUGAGAUCCAAUGGGAGCGCGAACGGGAGCGCGAGCGCGAGCGCGAGAGGGAACGCUUCCACGCCCCUCUUCCACCGCGAUCGCUGCGGGGAGGAGAAUUCGAGGAGCGCAUCUAUGAGCGGGAGUAUAUCGUCGAUCGCGAUGGGAGGAGACGGUAUCGGUAG